UCCGUCGCAGUUCUCGUCAUGGACAACAGCCGUUCGGCUGGCAAAGAAAAAUCCGAUAACGUCGACUUGGACGAAGUUUUGCCCAUCGUCGGAGAGUUUGGCCGGUACCAAAAGUUGCUGUUGUGGUUCGUGUGUCUGCCGGCAUGCAUCCCUUGUGGUUUCGGUGCGUUCAAUCAGCUGUUCAUGUCCGACGUGCCUCCCCACUGGUGCAGGGUGCCGGAAUUGUCCAAUUUCACUGCAGAACAGAGAAGGUCGAUUUACCAACAGAGCAACGCGACUCAAGUGAAGAACGGAUGCAUGAGGUACGCUGUUAAUUGGACGGACCUCCUUAAGGAUUCGGACCGUGUCGGCGAUGACUUGCAAAUGCUGGUGAACCAGAGUUGGCCCAUUGAAAAAUGCCUCGACGGUUGGGAGUACGAUACCAGCGUGGUGCAGUCUUCCAUCGUUAUCGACUUUGAUUUGGUCUGCGACAGGGACAUUUACCCCACUUUCGGAUUGGCCGCGCUGAACAUUGGCGGGCCCAUCGGAGUGUACUUUUUUGGAGUUCUAAACGACAGGUAUGGACGGAGGAAAUCAUACUUCUUGUGUUUGGCCACUUUGAUUACUGGCAGUCUUCUGACGGCCAGUGCGACCCAUUUCUGGUGGUGGGCCGCUUCGAGGAUGAUCGUCGGUUUCACCAUACCGGCUGUAUAUCAAAUUCCGUUUAUAAUAUCUCUUGAACUGGUCGGCCCCAAUUACAGGUCGUUCAUCACGGUGAUGACGUGCAUGUUUUACACGCUGGGCUUGGUGCUGCUGUCGGGCAUCACGUACUUUGUGCGCGACUGGACGUACCUGGCUCUGGUCACCUCGACGCCGUUCAGCCUGUACUUUAUUUACUGGUGGUUUCUACCGGAAUCGCCCAGAUGGCUUUUGGCCAAAGGCCGGCUGGAAGAAGCGCUGAAAAUACUGGAGACCCUGGCCAGGGUCAACGGCACCGUGUUGCCGGACACGUUCAAGCAGAAACUCAAGCAAAAGAUGAUGAUGCAGAGGACGUUGAGCGAAGAGCGCCGUCUGAAAACGGGGCCCGGCGUGUUUGCCCUUUGCCGGACGCCUAACAUGCGAUUGAAAACGAUUCUCAUAACGUUCAAUUGGUUUGCCAACGACAUGGUGUACGUCGGGUUGAGCUAUUACGGACCUUCGCUCGGCCAAAACCAAUACCUGAGCUUUUUGUUAUCUUCCAUCGUGGAGGUGCCCAGCUACUUGGUCUGCUGGCUGCUCAUGGACCGUUGGGGUCGCCGAUGGCCUCUGUGUCUGGCCAUGACGCUGAGCGGUCUCAGCUGCAUCGUCACCGUUACUCUUCCUACAGAUGCUGUUACAACAACGCUGAUAUUGUUUUUGUUUUCCAAGUUCACCAUAUCGGCUUCGUUUCUGAUCAUCUAUCCUUUUGCCGGAGAACUUUACCCCACACAACUCAGGGGUGUCGGAAUAGGAGCUUCUGCUUAUAUCGCCGGACUCGGACUGAUCUUGAUACCGUUCAUCAAUUACCUGGGCCGUGAGAACCUUGUGCUGCCACUGUUGAUAAUGGGCAUACUGUCGGUGAUUGGCGGCAUAACCGGGCUAAGACUACCGGAAACGCUACACUACAAGCUGCCCCAAACCGUCGAAGAGGGCGAGGAAUUCGGCAAGAACUGGACCAUGGCCGACUGUAUCAAUUGCAUACCCAAAAAACCCGCCGAGCACACCGAUUCGUACGAAGACCUGACCGAAAACUUGGAAAUGUCACAGACCGCCGAACCGUCCACCGGACUUGUGAGGAGCCGGUCCAAGUUUACCCGGCAACAGAGCACCAUGGAAACGCCCCUGGACUCGGCCGGUGUGGUCAAAAUGACUUGUUGGUAUUGACCGCCACAACGAGGGACUGGAAAAUAUGCUUGUUUUUGUCCUACUGCAGUUGGUAGUUAAAGUCGGAUAAAGUCUGUGUCAAUAAACUACAAACACAAUUGUUUAUUCCGGAAACUUGAUUUGUCUUCUAAAGUACUGAAAAUCCCCUUUUAAAGCAAACGAUUAGUUGCAAUCGUGUAGAAAAAGCCCAUAAGAUAUGAUUUUUUCAAAUCAAAGUAACAUAUUUACCUAUAUAUGUUAUUAUAUAGGUAUAUAUAUAUUUUUAAGAUUUUUUUUUAAAUUAAUUAAUACUCGUUUGCGAUGUAAGCACCAAGUUUUCUAUUGCACUUAACUAUUUUACUUUUUUAAUUUAUUAUUAUUAUUAUUUUUUUUUUAAUUCAAAAU